GUGAGAUGCAGGCUGACGGGACAUGAGAUGCCAUGUCGGCUGAAAAAAAGGGCUUACACCAGCGGCAAGAAGUAUCAGCGGCUGAUAAAGACAGCCAGAGAGUUUGACUAUGGCAAGUUUGAGCCCCAUAUAGUGCCCAGCACAAAGAAUCUACACCAGCUGUUUUGCAAGCUCACUCUCAGACACAUCAACAAAUUUCCAGAGCAUGUGCUGCGUCAUGUCCAAGGGAAGCGCUAUCAGAAAGCCCUAAAAACGUAUGAGGAGUGCCAGAAGGAAGGAGUGGAGUACGUCCCUGCCUGCUUGCGACAGAAGAAGCAGCGGACGCAGCACUCUGCUGACCAAAUGAACGGGAGCAGGCAGCCUUACAGAAAAGAGGAAUUCUGGGAGCCAAAGUCCAGCGAUGAGGAUGGAGAGGAGACGGAUGACAGCAUGAGUGACCUGUACCCACCUGCACUCUUCCCAGAAAAAAGCCCAGCAGCUCCACAAACCACGAAGGACAGUGAUGACUUUGCAACAGACAGCGAAGAUGAUGGGGCCAAGCAGAAUGGUGACAUGAACAGCAAGGACAGCAGAAGAACGGAUGUCAGCAGAGCAGCUGGGAACAAAAGGGGAAAGAAACAGUCAGGCCCUUUAAAGAAGAAAUUCAAGAGUCAUCAUCGAAAACCCAAGAACUUCAAGAAAGCAAUCAACAGCAAAUAA